GCCAACUGUCUCAGCAAGUCCAGUACCUUGCCCUGCUGGAUCACAUUCUUGGGGUACACGAGCGAAAUCUGGGUAUGGGUCUGCAGCUCUUCAGUUUGUCUCCUCGUGCUCAAUGGCGGCACACUCUUCAGACCCCAUUCUUCGUAUGGUAUGCGCUGGAGCACACGGUUUCCGUAGGUGACCAGGCUUUUUUUCCAGCCCUUAUCCGCCUCCUCCCACUUCGCCCAGGUAUCCGAUGCUUUUUGGGUGAUACGGUCAAUCCGGCUCAACUCCUUUGCGGUUCGUGUGUCGAUUCUUUUGCAGUAAAGGAGAGAUCGUCCCGUGGAAAUCGGGAUGAGGUACAGCCGCAUCGCAAAGCCACGGAGGUGGGAGGGGUUGGGUUCCGGAUGUUAAUGGGAUGAGAGAAAAAGAACGAAGCUAGUUUAUUUCUGCGCGGCUGCGGGUCACCUUUUGAAGAAGCAUUUUUCAGCUGUAUUGCCCAACAGCCUAGCGUAGAAUAUUUUUGUUGAGCUGGAGCUGGAGCUGUGCAGUCAAAAAUGUUUUUGAUGGAGGCGCAGUCGAGACGUCGUCAUGUCAGGGUUUCCAGCAGGAAUUCUUUCGCCUGGCUUCUGAGCUAGCCGCGAGUCUUGGCGUCUUCAUUGGCGCGACGAGGACGACAACCCUCUGAAACUGCGAGGCUGAGCGCCAAACAUUAUUGUCACUCUUCAAUUCAUCUCCUUCAUACUAUCCACUGCCCGACGCUUGUUUCCUUAUUCGUCCAUAUUUUUUUUGCCAUUUUUUUUACGUUUCCUCUUAACUUGCCACCCGAGAACCUCCCCCAGGUGAACGUCAAAAGGGAAUUGAUUCAUUUCCCUCGCCGCCGUCAUUGCGGCCAAAAUCAUGGGAGGCAACAAUCGGCACCCCCAUUGAUUGUCACCCGCCUUCAACCACAGCCACGCUCUGGAUACAGAAGCUCUAGCUCAAGGCUAUGGCAAUUUAUGGAGACACUCAUCUGCGCCCCCAGCCUCCAGAUGCGCAGAGUGGAGUGUCACCCCGAAGGAAAUCGGAGUUGUCCCUGGUAGACCAUCCCCUUGUCAGACAGAAGUCGGGCACGUCGGUUGCGCGAUCAAGCGUAAAUGGUGAUGAGGUGCGCUCCGGAUUUCGAUGCUCACACGACAAGGGUUCCAUUCGACCAACUAGUAGAGCUCCGUCGAAGGGAGCAAGCAUCGGGACUCAAUCUAAUAACCCGCUCCCUUCUGCCAGAACAAUACCAGCGUGGGUACGUGUCCAUGAUGAGACCACCGGCCUCCCGCCGCCGUCCCAUUCGGUUCCCCCAGAACCCUCAGGUGCGCGAAUCGCCCAACACCACUACGCCCCGCACGAGAAACAGCGGGAUUCUUAUACUAGCUAUGACUCCUCCGGAGCAGCUCCGCGAGAAUCAAGAUGGAAAACAUUUGCCAAAACCAGUGCAUACCCACGGUCGUCUACAGAUCUAGAGCAGAAGCUUGUUGACCACGACUGGUUACAAAGGAAUCUGGGGGACUAUUCGACUCCUUGGCAGGGCCAUAACACUAACGAAAAGGACUUGGAAAGUGGCGGCCAACCCAGUUUGGAUUUCAGACAGCGGAAAGUGAAGUUUUUCAGCAAAAUCCAGUCCAAGUUACUACGAAGCCCUAUUGUCCCGCUCUUGAUCCGCCUCACGGUUUUUAUCUUUUCGGUCGUCGCCCUAGCUCUAGGCGGUUCUAUCCGUUACUAUGCUACGAAAUAUAAUCACUCUCAAGGCCCCUCCUCAGAUAUGGCUAUCAUUGUAGAUUCGAUAGCACUGGUCUAUCUGGUUUAUAUCACGUAUGACGAAUACACUGGGAAACCUUUAGGGCUCCGGCCUGCCAAGGCUAAGCUGCGACUACUAUUCCUCGACCUAAUAUUUAUCGUCUUUGCGUCAGCCAAUCUUAGUCUGGCGUUUGAAAGUUUGUCGGAUAUUCAGAGCGCGUGUCGAGCUGGGGAGGUAGAUGGAAUAUUUGACCCCAGAAACGGACUUCUCUGUGACCGGCAGAAAACCCUGGCUUCUGUAUUGUUGGUUGUACUCAUUGCAUGGCUUACGACCUUCGCUAUUAGUGUUCUAAGGGUUGUGGAGCGAGUCACUGGAAAAUAAAUCUUUUCCUAUUUCAAAUAUCCUUUUCCUUUCCUGACCAUCAUUUGCUAUACUUUUGUUUUUUUAUUUCUUCCUAAUUCCAUCUUUGACCCUGCAUAUUUUUAUUUGCUUUUCCCAUACUUGGGCUGUAUAUGCAUCCCUGCGUGUCUCGUUGAUCUCCUUGUUCUGGUUCACUCUUUCUUGUUCAGAUCCUUUUUAUAUUACGUUUAUUUUGGCUUAUUUCAUCUUUUUCACUUCUUCAUUUGUCAUUCAAUUUCAAGUUUCACCUUCUCACAUUUUUCCCUUUUUGGCCGGAUCCGGGAUGGCGAAAAAUGAUGAGUGCAACAAAGGGUCUUUUUCUUUCUUCCCCAAGUGUAUUUCUUUUGUCCUGUAUAUACAACAAACAUUGCAUGCGUUCUCAGGCAUGGAUUUCAUUAUUGUUUUCCCUUAUUCUAAAUUACUUAGUUUAAUAAUUAAAAAUACCCCGUUCAACCCUCUUCACAUAUCAAGCACAGGCCCACGAUCGCCAUACAGAGGAUCCCUCUCAAACCAACUCACUUUCCUAAUCUCUGCAGACUUGUCCCCCUCCUCUUCACUCCCAUAGCACAUGUCCCACUCUUUACCUCUUGGAUACGCGCCAAUCAUCUUAAACCCACCCUCGAUAUCCUCCAGUAACCUAUGAGCCAGUCCAGCGGGGACAACGAUGACAUCUCCGAUUGCAACAACGGCCUCGAAACGCUCUGGAUUGUCCUCAUGGCCGAAACAUAGCUUUGCUUUGCCGGAGACGAUGCUUAGGACUUCGUGGGUUGUGGUGUGCAAGUGGCUGUAAGGGUACAUGGAAUAGAUCCAUUGGGGCUCAACAACGCCGAUUUUUGUCAGAUGUUGGCUGAUUUCAAACGCUGUGGCGGUGGGUUUGAAGGCGCCGUGGUAGAUGGAAAGGGGUUUAUGCUGGAUGGAGGUGUUGGGGUUGUGGCGCCAGGGAGGGAUUUGUUGGCGGGUUACCUGGAGGGAGGAUAGGGGUGUUAAAUUGGUUGUCAUUUUCAGUAAAAGGGGUGAGGUGAAGGUGUAAUGGUUUAGGUAUAUAUAAGGCUCCAGCAAUAAUAGUUGCUAAAAUAGGGUGAUAGGAUAUCAAUUUGUGCAUUGUAUUCUCGUCAACACCUGUAUCGAGCAGGGUGCUGCCUUUUACUUUACUCAUGAUAUAGCAUUUAAGGGAAUUCUUGCUUCCCGUCGUCUGUCAUUAAAUUAAACGUCAUCCCAAGGCGGCCAAUAAUCCCG